AUGGGAUCUCGCCCACCAGCUUUCGAUGGAGCAGUGGGAAGCUGGGGUACGUACCGCAUACGUCUUGAAGCCUUCUUCGAGGGACAUGAAGUAACGGAUCCCGGGAAGCGCCGCGCCUUGCUGAUUUCUUCGCUGAGCGACAGCGUGGUACGGAUAUUACAAGGACGUAAUCCAAGCACCCCGGUCAACACCUUAAGCUACGACCAGCUUGUGGAAUGUUUGGAAGAUCAGUACAACCCGCAAGCUAAUGAAAUUGCAGCCAGUUAUGCGUUUUUCAUGCGGAGGCAAAAGGAAGGCGAGAGUGUGCGAGAUUUCAUCGCGGAACUCAGGAGGCUAGCCGAAAGCUGCAACUUCGGUAGUAUGAUGGACCGUAUGUUACGAGAUCGCAUCGUUUGCGGUAUCCGGGACGAGGACACACGGCGUUCUUUGUUGACGCGAGCUACGCUGACCUUGAAAGAGGCCGAGGACUUCGCCAGGGCUUCCGAGAAGGCACAGGAAGACGUCCGUGACAUGCAGGAGACUGGCGUGGGCAACGGAAGUGGUACCAUGAACGCCCUGCUGCGACGACGUGAGUCCCGGGCGCCGAGCAGCAACCUGGAAAGCAGUCGCCCACUGUGCGAACGUUGCGACGGGCCGCAUGAUUCCAACGUGUGCCGCCAUCGAAACGCCAAAUGCCGUCUUGCGACCGACAGGGACGUCUCGCGGCCUCUCGAGAAGGUUUCGACGUGGGGAGGGCAGGAACUGAGCAUGAUAAUCGACACGGGCUCGCCGAAUGCGCAGUUGAAAGCCCUACUUGACGAGUUGUCGCAGCUCUUUGACAACAAACUGGGUUGCUGUGAAGGGCCUCCCGUUAAGCUACACAUCAAGGAAGGCGCUCGGCCUCGUUUUUGCAAAGCACGGACCGUGCCUUAUGCAAUGCGUGCCCAAGUCUCAGCAGAGAUUGAUCGCCUGGUGGAAGAAGGAGUGCUUUCCCAGAUCAGCGUCUCUGAACGGGCAACGCCGGUAGUCCCCGUGGCGAAAAAGAACGGUGACAUAAGACUCUGCGGAGACUUCAAGUUAACGGUGAAUCCGGCUACUUACUUGGAACAGUAUCCUCUGCCGAAAGUUGACGAUAUCUUCGCAGCGCUUGCGGGAGGUGAAGUCUUUAGUACGUUGGACCUACGUAACGCAUACAACCAGCUUCCUUUAGACGCCGAAGCUAAAAAGAUCGCAGUGCUGAACACGCAUAAGGGACUCUACUGUUACAAUCGCCUCGCUUUUGGAAUCGCUUCAGCCCCAGCUCUGUUCCAAAGGCGCAUGGAAUCAGUCCUCCGAGGUCUGCCAGGAGUGAAAGUCUACCUAGAUGACAUUAUUGUCGCGGAAAAGAAGCACGAUAUGUCGGUAUUGCGACAAGUGUUCCAACGACUGCAGGACAGCGGCCUGAAGCUGAAUAAAACCAAAUGUAGAUUCCGAGAAAAGCAAGUGACAUUUCUGGGCCACCGCAUCGAUGAAAAAGGCCUGCAUCCUUUGCAAGACAAUCUCGGCGCCAUACUAGGUGCACCGUCGCCAACUUCGUGUAUGCCACUACCUGCGGCUCAGGUUCCUUCAAGUUGGCCUCAAACUGACAAGCGCUGGUCUCGGCUGCAUGUCGACUUUGCUGGUCCUGUGGAAGGUCACAUGAUCCUUGUGCUGGUGGAUGCAGACCGCUUUGCCAUGGGUGUUGUGCACCUUCUGGCAUUUCUUGUGAAAGAAAAGCCAUACUUUUUAGAAGGGCCGGGCAUCUACCCAUCGCUCAUCACAAAGGAUGUUGAUGACGCAACAAUCCUUUGUGCUGUCUUUGAAAGGCUUCAGCUGGAAGUCUUGGACUUGAUCGCUGGUUUUGUGUUAGUUAUAGAGCUCUAUUGGGUGUUCAAUGUCUGA